CGAUCGCGACCUCAUCUUCCUCUGCCAGGCCAACACCGAGCAGGGCAAGGCCGCCCGCAAGUACGGUUUGCGCGCCGCCGAGGAAGUCUUCGCCGACCGGACCUACACGGAUGCCGGCUUCCUGACGCCGCGCAAGGAAGCCAAUUCGAUGAUCAAGGACCCGGCCAAGGCGGUCGAGCAUGUCCGGCGCAUGAUCGACGAGCAGGCGAUCUAUUCGACCUCGGGCAAGCGCAUCCCCUGCCAGGUCGAUUCGAUCUGCGUCCACGGCGACGGCCCGACGGCCGUGACCGUCGCCAGGGCGGUCCGCGAGGGGCUGGAGUCGGCGGGAAUCCGCAUCGUGCCGCUGCCGGAGAUGCCCAGCCUCCGCCAUUGA